UUAGUGUUUGUUUAGAAAAUUUUCUGAAAUCUUUUUGCCAUUUUGUUGCAUUUUUUUCAAAAAUUUUAGGAUAUUUAUUGCACAAUUAAUAUAUAAUUUAUAAGAUAACAAUGUCUGCAAAUGCAAGUUUUCUAUUCUUCUGCUGCUACUUUGCCGCUUUACUAUUCACUUUGGACGCAUUCGACGACGUUCCACAUCACACAUGUGACUAUAAUAAAGAAUGUGAAAUUAAAACAAACGGCGAGUCAGUGUUCUGCUGUGGCGAUUGUGGAGCAUCAGUUUGUUGCAAUAAUUCAACCAGAGAAUUGAAUGUUUCAAAAUGCGAGACGGAGGAAAAAGAAAUCGAAGGGUCGGCAUCAAUGUUGGGUUUUAUUAUCGGGGGAAUGGUUGGUUCUUUUGUUCUUGCAAUGAGUUCUCAUUAUCUUAUAAAAAAAUUAAUUCAAAAAAUACGAAAAAUGAGGAAUGGAUUUCAACCUCAAGGAAACGGUACAACCGGAAAUGACCCACACACAACAACAAUUGCUGUCAAUGAACUUCCUCCAUUAUAUGAAGAUAUUCAACUUUAUCGAAAACUUGAAUCAAGAAAUGUUCAACGACUGCAUCAUACAGAGGAAGUUGAUGAAAUAAAAAUUAAAACAUCUACAUUAUCUGAAGAAAAUAUAUUACCUCCGUCAUAUAGUUCAAUUUUUUCUGCGAUAGAAGAGGAGAACAAACAACAUAAUGAGCAAAGAACGGCGGCAGUGUCCAUACAAAUCCCAGACAGUACAGACACAGCAGUGUCAUCUACAUCGGAAUGACGUGGCAUCAGUCUAAAAAAACUCCAGAUCGAAUGUAUUUUUGAUGAUGUGAUCUUUAUUCCGGUGUUAUAUUGCAUGGGACAGGCUGCUCUGCCAUUACUAAGGAACGCGGAACAAAAAGAAUGGGAUAACAAAUUGCCAUGCUGAAAGUAUGGCAUAGAGCCGUAGAAAAAUUGUCUUGGUUGUCGUGGAACGCUUUGUUUGACAGAAGCAUAUUUGCGAAACGACUAAUAUUCAUGAAAUCAAAGACGGAUUAGAGCUAAUGCGUUCAAACUCAUUCCAUGGACAUCUCGUCCCUGCACUAACAUGUUCAAUAUUUAUUGUUCAAAUGGUGCGAUUGUCACGGAUUUAUUGUUAAUGCUAAGUUAUUCAUACUGUUUAUUUUUGUUAUGUUCUAGCGGUACUGUCGCUGGUAUUCUAAUAAUCCAUAGACGACAUUCUUUUUUAAUUUUGUAUCGUUUCUAUUGUUAUAGAAUAAAGAGACAAUGCGCAAAUA